GAUGAAACCGGGGCCUACCUCAUCGACCGGGACCCCACCUACUUUGGGCCCAUCCUGAACUUCCUCCGGCACGGCAAGCUGGUGUUGGACAAAGACAUGGCUGAGGAGGGGGUCCUGGAGGAAGCCGAGUUCUAUAACAUCGGCCCGCUGAUCCGCAUCAUCAAAGACCGGAUGGAAGAGAAGGACUACACGGUCACCCAGGUCCCGCCCAAGCACGUGUACCGUGUGCUGCAGUGCCAGGAGGAGGAGCUCACGCAGAUGGUUUCCACCAUGUCUGAUGGCUGGCGCUUCGAGCAGCUGGUGAACAUCGGCUCCUCCUACAACUACGGCAGCGAGGACCAGGCCGAGUUCCUGUGCGUGGUGUCCAAGGAGCUCUACAGCGCCCCGCACGGGCUGAGCUCCGAGUCCAGCCGCAAGACCAAGCCCAGUCAUCUCAGGAUCCCGCUAACCUUUCCUCCCUCCCACCACCGCCUCCUCCUCCGCUUCCCGCUGGAGGUUCCCGUCUGCACCCUCUCAGACCUGAGGCUGAGCUUGCAGUGAGGGCUCCUCCUCGGCCCCCGGCCCGCCCCCAGAGCUGCCAUCCCUGGUUUGUAGCUUGGCGGAGCUGGAG